AUGCUUUUCUCAUCGAUCUUAUUGUCUCUGGCCUUUGGCCAUGUCCUUGCCGACGCUGGAGACGACGAUGACUUGAUGUCUUUCGUCACGCUUCCAAAAGUACGAGCACUGAAGUUUGAUAUCUCCUACCAUGAACGGGAGGCUGUAGCCCCCGGGUACUGGUUUGUUGCACCUUACGGCAUCAUCGAACCUGAAAUUCCUACUAAGCAAUGGAUACCAUACCAAGUAGGACCAUAUAUAUACGAUGGAGAUGGAGUAUUAAUCUGGGCUGGAUCUCCCAUGUUUGACAACCGGAAUGCUUUCGACUUCAAAGCGGCCAACAAUAUAGACGGUGAAUCUCACCUCUCGUUCAUCUUGCAACAUCAGUACCAUGAUGACGGCACCGACAAGGGUUACGGUUACAUUUUGGAUCAGCACUACGAACAGGAGUACAAGGUUGGCGUUGUCAACGACCUGAGCGCAUUUAAUAUGCAUGAGUUCAAUGUCCUCGAUGGAGGAAAGACUGCUCUUGCUUGCCUCUACAAAUCCGAGUACUCAGAUUUAUCUGCGCUUGGUCGACCCCAGGAUUUCAGCUGGAUCAUUGCUGGCGGCCUGCUAGAACUCGACACAGAGACAGGCGAGGUUCUGUUCGAAUGGAGCUCAUUGAACAACGUCCUUGUCGACGAGUCGGUGAAAGUUUACCCCAAUUCCUACCCUGCUGACCGGCCAGGUUGGGACUAUAUCCACGUCAACUCAGCAGACAAGAACUCGGUGGGGGAUUACCUGCUGUCAGCACGAUUCGCCAACACGCUCUACUACAUCUCCAAGGAGGGCAACAUUGUCUGGCGGCUGGGCGGUAAACACGGCGAUUUCGACAUGGACUUUACCUUUUCAAAGCAACAUCAUGCUCGGUUUAUCGAGUCUAACGGAACGCACCAUGUUAUUUCGUUCAUGAACAACGCCUCGGACGAACUGGAGGCUGAGGAGGACGUCUCGUCCGCACUCUACGUACAGCUUGACACCACUGUUUCUCCAAUGACCGCGAGGGUAAUCAAGCGCAUUACCCGACCUGAUGGCGGCCUGACUCGGUUGCGUGGUAAUGUGCAGACUCUGCCCAACGGCAAUACCUUUGUUGGCUGGAGUGAGCGCGGCUACCACAGCGAACAUGGUCCAGACGGCAAGCUCCUGAUGGAGGCCAAGUUCGUCUCCACGCGCCUCUCCUCGUACCGGUCAUACAAAUUCCCCUUCACCGGACGACCAAAGACGCCGCCAGAUGUGGUUGCAUCCGUAUACGGCACGGACCGAACAGACAUGACCACUAUCUUCCAUGUCAGCUGGAAUGGUGCGACGGACAUUGCUUCCUGGCGUUUCUAUGCGCGGUCUUCAGAGGAUGGCCUCGCGGUACCUGUUGGAAACACGACUAAGACCGACUUCGAGACGAUGUACAUCGCCGACGGAUACCUGGACUGGGUCUCCGCAGAGGCAUUGGACAAGGACGGCAACGUUCUAGGCAAGUCUGAGGACCAAAGGACACAAACACCCAGCAACUGGCGACUCGCCGGUUUUCAGGGAGGCGAACAGCCAAACCCGGACGACCCGUCAGUCCUGCACUCGACAAAAGAGGAAGAGCCGGACGUGGGAGAAGAAAAAGAAGCGGGAAGUAUGGCAGACAUGGAUAUGGACCAGGGUUCGGAUACAGAGUCCCACGUUGACCCGGAAGCGGCGGCCAAAGCGGCAGUCGAGGCGUACCAGAUGAUUCGUGGCGUUGGUGGGCUCCUGAUCUUCAUUUUGGUCACUUGCUCUCUGGCUGGCGUCGUGGCCGGGGUAUACCGUUGCCUUCGACGACGUCGAACUCGGUCUUAUCACGAAAUCCCUCUGGACGAGGCAGAGCGCCAACCGAUGACAUCGCGUUGA